UUCCCUCUCUCUCUCUCCAUCAUCACACAAGAGAUAUGGAUUCGAAAACCACUCCAGUGAAACCCAACGUUUCGGAUUCCCCUUCGAUCUCGAAGGUUAGGGUCGUCGUUAGAGUUCGUCCGUUUCUUCCCCCAGAGAUCCCCGACGUCCGAUCGUGUGUUUCCGUAAUCGACGGCGAUGGUAGAGAUUCCAGCGAAGUGGCGGUUUACCUCAAAGAUCCCGAUAGCUGUCGCAACGAAUGCUAUCAGCUGGAUGCGUUUUACGGGAAUGGCGAUGAGAAUGUGAAGCAGAUCUUCGAUAGAGAUGUCAACCCUUUGAUUCCAGAGAUUUUUCGGGGUUUCAACGCUACUGUGCUUGCUUAUGGAGCCACCGGAAGCGGAAAAACGUUUACGAUGCAGGGAACUGAUGAUCUGCCUGGACUAAUGCCAUUAGCCAUGUCCACUAUCCUGUCAAUGUGCGAGGAGACAGCAAGUAGAGCGGAGGUUUCAUAUUAUGAAGUUUACAUGGACAGAUGCCUGGAUCUCCUAGAGGUUAAAUCUAACGAGGUUGCUAUUUGGGACGAUAAGAAUGGACAAGUUCAUCUUAAGGGACUCUCUAGUAUCCCAGUUAACUCCAUGUCUGAGUUUCACGAGGUUUACUCAUGUGGCCUUCAGCGGAGGAAAGUUGCACACACUUGUUUUAAUGAUGUCUCUAGUAGAAGCCAUGGAGUGCUAGUGAUCUCAGUAUUCUCAGAAGGGGGUGUCACUGGAAAAAUCAAUCUGAUUGAUCUGGCUGGUAGUGGAGACUAUAGAAAGGGAGUCAAUGAAGAAAUCCGUCUACAAGAGAGUGCCAAGAUUAACCAGUCAUUAUUUGCACUCUCCAAUGCGGUUUAUGCUCUGAUUAAUAACCUCCCAAGGGUGCCUUACAGGGAAAGCAAAUUGACAAGAAUACUGCAGGACUCACUUGGAGGAACGAGUAGAGCUCUCAUGGUCGCAUGUCUGAAUCCGGGUGAAUACCAAGAAUCUCUUCGCACUGUUAGCUUGGCUGCAAGGUCAAGGCACAUCAAAAACAUCAUAUCUUUGAAUCCCAAGGUAGAGACUCCUAAGGUUAAAAUAGAUAUGGAAGCAAAACUGCAAGCUUGGCUGGAAUCAAAAGGGAAGACGAAAAGCGCCCAUAGAAUGAUGGCAAUACGUUCUCCCCUGAUUGGUACAAAUCAACCUUCAUUUUCUCAAAGCUCGGUUAAGAAACUCGGCUGUCAUAAAUCAGCCACUGCAAGAAGUGCUAAACUUACUGGCACAGGGCAGAGGGACACAUUUGUGGCUGUCAGGAACUUAUUUGGUGGGGAAACUCCUGAUGCUUCACAUGUAUUGGAACCAAUUCAGAAUCUGCACUUAGCUUCUCCAACCAAAGAAGAUGAAAGAGGCGCAUCUGGCAAAGAGAGUCUGUUGGAAUCUGAACUCACUCCUGUUCGAGAAGCUCUAUCUCCGAUAACCUCAAAUGCAAAACCAAACUCAGCUUAUGGGUCACCUCCGAUGCUCAAACCAAUGACUCCAAAAACACCUAUGAUUUCUACAAACGCUGAGAAUAUGCAGAUGAGUGGCACAUGCCAGAAGUUCAAUGCUUGGAGCACUAAUGUGAAGACUUCUCUCAUGAGAGAAUAUGUUCACUUCUUGAAUACAGCAAACAAGGAAGAGCUAAUGGAGUUGAAGGGAAUUGGAGAGAAGAUGGCUGAGUACAUUGUUGAACUCAGAGAAACAAGCCCUCUAAAAUCGCUUGCUGACUUGGAGAAGCUCGGUUUCACCUCAAGACAGGUACAUAACUUGUUCAAAAGAGCCACAGAAGGGAUUCUUGAGAAGUCAGUUUCUGCUACUACUACAACAACACCUUAGUUGUUCUGUCUCUACCAAACAACAACACUCGUUGGUUUUUUUAAGAACUUGUGUCGGAGUACUACAUUUUAAUGAUUGUCAACUUAAGCUUUUGACUAGAGAGACAUGGCUUGAUCUUAUGCUGUGUAGUAACUUUUAAGUAUCUGAAUGAAACUUAAGACUCAGACCCA